AUGUAUCCCAACCCUUGCAAUGAGCAUAAAAGGAAGAGAUAUAUCGUAGUCCUGAUUCUGACCCUGCUGCCCGCGCUUAUGAUCGUCGGCUCGGAUAUGCGCAGCCGUAUCUUGAACAACGACUUGGCCAACUUGAUCCGCCAGUCCAUUAUUAUGGUGUCCGUAGUCUUUACUCUCGUGAAGCUAAUAAUAACGAUAAUUCGUAAGAAGGAGCUAAGGGAAAUAAUCGUUGAGAUUAAUGAAGACUAUCAAACCUUCAACGAAUUACCAGAGGAGUGCCAGGACAUUGCCAAAGACACUAUACAAACGACCAAGACCCUGGAGAACCUUUGGAUUGGUAUUUUAGCAGCCACGGCUUCCUCGUACCCCAUACUGGCCUGCGUGUGUACUAUCUACUCGCAGGUUCUGUCCAACGAUCCGAAGCGCUACAUGGUCCACGAGACUGAGCUGAUCUUUGUAACCGAAGAGAAGAAGUAUGAGACUCCGUAUUUUGAAGCGAUGUCUAUUUACACUCUGUAUGUCAUAUGGAUUAUCUUCCUUGGAUUUGCUGGUUAUGAUGGUCUGUUCUCAGUAUGCAUACUGCACGUAUCUUUAAAGAUUAAACUAUUCAGCCUCAAAUUACAACAUAUCUUGGAUGAUGCAGAGGACGUUCCAAAAAUGAAAGCAAAUAUAGCCAACUUUGUGGAGGAACACUGUGGAGUUAUAAGAUUAAUAGAGAAAAUACAAAAGUGUUUCGAAGUUUGGCUCGUUGGGACAUUCUUCAACGCAGUCGUGCAAAUUGGGAUGGCUCUAUGUCAAAUUACGAGCAACGCAGUAACCGACAUCAAUGCCAUGUACUAUUUCUACGCGGUGGCCACGGCGGUCCACAUUUACGUGCCCUGCCACCUCGCCUCUGACGUCACUCAGCGGGCUGCCGAAGUAGCGACGGUAGCAUACAGCAGUUCGUGGGAAUCGCUGCAGGAUGCCGGUGUGAAGAGGUCCAUCGCGAUCAUCAUCGCCAGGGCCCAGAUCCCCAUACAUUUCAAGGCCAUGGGGAUGCUGACAUUUAACAUGGAAAUGUUUGUCUCUAUCAUGCAGACUUCGUACUCCAUGUACACUCUUCUAAGAACAUAAGCACAACAAGUCCCUCGUUGUUUUAUUAA